CAGACAUGUAAGUAAAAGACGUUAAUAAUGAUAUACGUUUUCAUACCUACACAUUGGCAAGAAACCAUCGCAGCUCGUGGGCACCUAUUGCCCCGCGUGAAUGUGCAAACUCGGCUGAUGCUUUGAAAGAAAACUGGCUUGCCUUGUAUUUACAUGCAGAUGCCCAAUACUGGGGCUGCGUCAGUGAAAAUUCACGUUUGUCACAAAAUCGGAUGCACCGGACCAGUGACAUCAUAUUUAUAAAUUCGAAAUGUAAAAAUGGCCAUAAUUAAAUUUAAUGCAAAACAUCUGCGUAUUUUCCCCCCAGUACUCUUCACAACUAAUCUAUUCUAAAACGUUCAAAUUCUCAAUGUUGCCCAUGAAUUUCCUGAAAGUGCUAAGGAGAAAAUACGCAUAUAGAAUUGCAACUCCAAGGGUAACAAUACUGAACUGUGUUUUUGAAUUCUCAAAAACAAGAAAACAAACAAACAAACAAAAAAAUAACAAACAAGCAAAAAAAAAAAAAAAACAGGGAGUAAAAAAAAUCUCCGGAAUGUGCAAAUAUAUAAGGGUAAGUAAUUGGACUUGUAACGUAUAUUAUGUUUGUUUAAUAUGUUUAAACGACGACUUUAGGAAUCACGAUGAAGUUAAUUUAAUAUAACAAAUCUGCUACUUAGCAAUCUUUUGUGUUUAUGCAUCCGCAUACAUACAUGUAUGUAGUGUUCUUACAUUUAGAUCUGAUGAAAACAAAGAAUAACAUAUGGCUUUGGAGGUGUGCUUUCUUGAAAUUGACUUGGACGAUUAAAAUUUCAGUUUCAGCUCAUUAAUGUCAAAAUAACUCUCGUUAUGAACUUUUUAGAAGAUGGGAGUAGGUUAUCCAGAAUUUCAAAAUAUGCUUGUUACUUUUUAUGCAUAUUAUGAACAAUGCAACCAUUAUUAUUAUUGUUGUUGUUAUUAUUAUAUUACAUUUUUCGCAUAUUGACAUCAAUACAUUAAAUUAUAAUAGUGAUUCGGUGUAGGUCAGCAUGUUUGAUUUGUUUAACAACUUUUAUUUGUGUUGAGCGCCAAUCGGGAACCGGUUAUUAGAAUUGUGUCUUAAUUAUUUAAUGACUAAAAAGUAUUAUCUGAAUAUAAUCAAAUGUUCUUUUGCCACGUAAUACAAUAGCCGUGUAAAUGUGCACGCGACGAGAGCUUUAUUAUUAUCGGUCUGCCAAUUAUUAGCGGUCUGCCAAUAUUUUUUUGCAUAACAGGGGCUUUCCGUAAUCAUAACCGAAUGUAUAUAUUUUUCUCUCUCUCUCCUUCUUUCCCUGAGAAGCUUCUCCGAAAAAAGUAGGCGGUAAUUAUUAGUGGAAAAUGGCGAGCAGCCAUUAGUAGCGAGGGGGGUACCUACUAUUGGAGGGGUACCUAGGAUUGAUGAGGCACAGUAGCCAAUAAGACUGCGGCAUGUGAAUGACCGGGCCUCAGUUAAAGGGGGUGUUAGAGGAGGAACUGCCAGUCCACUGAGAAAGAGAGACCCUCCGAGAUAAACACAGACAAUCGAAAGAAAGAAAUAAACACACCAGUCGGAACAACAAUUCAAGAUGCGCCAAGGAACUGCGUUCUGUUUACGGACGAUCUAGUAAGACAAUUAUUCAUUCUUCAUGUUUGUGUAAAAGCACACUCAUUUCUUCGGGAAAAAGCGAAAGGAAUUUCAACAUUUUUCAUGGGGAUUUUGAGUUACAAGUUAACUGCGAGAAAAAAUAUAUAGACGUAGUCAUUUACAAAAAACGAUAGUGUUCUGCGGCUAGCGGAUCAUCGCUCUGAACUUCUUCUGAUGAGGUGUUUUUCGCGUUGGGAUAGCGGUACCUCCACAGAAGUCUAGGUAUUUUUUAUGUAUAUAUAUUUUUAAGGUACAGUUCAUUCGACGCUGAUUUCAAUAAAUUUCGUACUCAACGAGAAAUAAUGUUACUGGACGCCGGUCACCAGUUUCCCGGCUUGGGAGUUGGCACAUUUGCCAGGCACCACUCAGCAAGCGAAAUGCAAGACAGAGACUUGACUUUAGCACAAAAUAGCUUUGUCGAUUCCGCACACAUGGGUGCUUUUAAGCUGAACCACGAUCUAUCACCGGGACAGAGCUCUGCUUUUACUUCUCAGGCAACGGGCUAUCCCGCUGCGGCUCUGGGCGCACAUGCAGCCCAUGUCACGUCGUACGCGAGUUCGCCUUUUAACUCUACGAGGGACUUUCUCUUUCGCAGUCGCGGCUUCGGAGAAUCGUCUCCGGCUGGCAGCCAACAUACAAUUUUUGGCCCCGCAGCGGGGUCUCUCCAUCACUCCCAUACAGAUAGUCAAGGCCACAUAUUGUUUCCUUCGAUCCACGAUCAACAUGCUUCCCACGGCUCUCCAAACGUCCUGAAUGGACAAAUGCGACUUGGACUACCCGGAGAAGUUUUCGGACGAUCCGAUCAAUAUCAUCAGGUAUCCAGCCCCAGGACCGACCCCUACUCCGCAGCCCAACUCCACAAUCAGUAUGGUUCAAUGAAUAUGGGCAUGAAUAUGGCUGCUCACCACCAUCAUCCCGGCGCCUUCUUUCGCUAUAUGCGGCAGCAGUGCAUCAAACAGGAGUUAAUCUGCAAGUGGAUCGACCCGGAGCAGCUCAGCAACCCAAAAAAGAGUUGCAAUAAAACUUUCAGUACCAUGCACGAGUUGGUCACCCACGUCUCAGUGGAACACGUCGGGGGACCGGAGCAGAGCAACCACGUCUGUUUCUGGGAAGAAUGUCCCAGAGAAAGCAAACCUUUCAAAGCUAAAUACAAACUGGUAAAUCAUAUUCGUGUUCAUACUGGGGAGAAACCGUUUCCCUGUCCAUUUCCCGGCUGCGGCAAGGUUUUCGCGCGAUCAGAAAACUUGAAGAUACACAAGCGAACACACACAGGAGAGAAACCAUUCCAGUGUGAGUUCGAGGGCUGCGACAGACGCUUCGCGAAUAGCAGUGACCGGAAGAAGCACAUGCACGUGCACACCUCGGAUAAACCGUAUCUUUGCAAAAUGUGCGACAAGUCAUAUACUCACCCCAGCUCCUUAAGAAAACACAUGAAGGUUCACGAAUCUUCUCCUCCAGCCUCUGAUUCGUCGCCCGCGGCUAGCUCUGGGUACGAGUCCUCCACUCCCCCUGGCCUGGUUUCCCCUUCUGCUGAGACCCAAAGCAACAACAAUCUUUCGCCUGCAUCAGCGGUCCACAAUAGCAAUGUGCACAGCAGCCUAUCGUCCAAUUUCAAUGAAUGGUAUGUUUAGCAGAGAGACCCCGAACUCGGAGCCAUUUAACAGAAUAUAAAACAAAAAAAAAGACCCUGUACAUAAAAAGGCUUGUAUAAAUGAACCCAUAACUAACGGACGCUGUAAUAUUGUGCGAGGAAAAAAACACCAGGAAAGUUACAUUGUGAAUACAAUAAUUAAACGAAGAAAAAUUGUUUGAAAUUUAUUCAGUAUUUUGUAAAUGAUAAUAGAGAACAAUUAAUCUCUUUCCAUGGUUGUUAUAGAUUUUGUCAGUCUUUGGUGUCAUAGAUGUUCCUUCAAUGGUAGCUAUGUCUGUAAUUGGACUUUGAGUGCACAUACUAUGGGAAAAUCUUUUGUAUUCUGAUGUUAAAUAUUGUGAUCCUCUGAAGGCAAUUUGAUUGUAAUUAUACAACUAUUAACUGGAACCAGUGCCAAAGUUAACAUUUAACUCAUCAGACACAAUAUUUGCCUGUGAAUGUAUAUUUCGUUUGCUGGGUUUAACUUGUGAUGUUUUGUGCUUUGCAAGUUUGAAUUGUGAAAUACUAUUUGGAGGAUUGUGGGGGAAAAUAAACGUUGUGUCGUUAAAUCUUCUGUAACUACACCCUUCCUUUUGUAAAUAUUAGCUGCCAUAUUUAUCCAUUUAUAAUUAAAUUAUGGUAUUUACUUGCUACAGAUAAAACAAUAUUUAUAAAGAAUGUUUCUUUACUAUAAGUAUGUACAAUUAUGAGCUAAACGCGGACAACUGUUUUAUGUGUUUUGUUUAAAGUUUAAGAAGUGUUUUCUCCAUUCUUGUGAUAAAUUUCAAGAAUUUUACUGCAUACAGAAAUAUAAUAAAAUGUGUUGCAAGUGUUUAA